AUGGGCGGUGUUGAUCGUUUCGGGCGGGGGCGGAUCUCGGCGCACCAGGCAGUAGGAUAUCGCAUCGUCCCCGAGCUCGAUGACCUCGGCGCAGUUCCUGAGCGAUUUGGGAACCUGGCGGCGGGGGGGCAUGGCCGCGACGAAUUAGACCAACAAGGUAGGGUUCAGGUUGAACUGGAGAUUAAAAGAGACGUGGCUCUAGGUUUUCGAGUGCCGAAGCACGGACGAAAUCCGGCGUCCAGGUCCGACCCAGAAGGUUCGCUUGUUGGUUCGGGUUCGGUCAAGGUGCUCCCUCGCAUGGCGCUCGUAACAGAUUUUCGCAAAUACGGGCAGAAACAGCGAGGAUACCCUCACCCCAGUCGGUUGCGGGUUCAGAUUCCCUUUAACCCCUCCCGACCCUCGUUUGACUUGGUUUUCCUUUGA